AUGGUACGACAUGUAAAUAUGAAAUCCAUGGUAUUUUGUUACACAAGCACGUCUCUAUGCCUGUUUUAACAACGUUCAGUUCAAUGAGAAACGUAUUACGUUUAUUUUCAAGUUUCAAACAAUGCGAAAGAUUUUCUUUGAUUACGGAAGACUAUUUUUACUUAAUUGUCAAUUCCUGUUAACGGAAGUUAUGAAUCUUACUCUAGCGCGAGUGUAUUUCGAUGCACGUGGGCCAAGCAGGUGUCCAAAUGGGCAACGCUUGUUGGGAAUUGUAUUGUCUCGAACAUGGAAUUCAACCGGAUGGAACGAUACCAUCAGACAAAGUAUCCGGGACAAACGAUUGUUUCAAUACAUUUUUCAACGAGACCAGUUCUGGCAAAAUGGUACCGCGUGCUGUGAUGGUCGAUCUAGAGCCCACAGUCGUUGACGAAGUAAGGAUAGGCCGUUACAAGCAAUUGUACCAUCCUGAACAAUUAAUCACGGGUAAGGAAGAUGCUGCAAACAAUUACGCACGCGGUCAUUAUUCCAUCGGUAGAGAAGUGAUCGACUCUGUAAUGGAUCGAGUGAGAAGGUUGACGGAUCAGUGCACUGGACUUCAAGGAUUCUUUGUCUUUCAUUCGUUCGGAGGGGGUACCGGGUCAGGAUUCACCUCGUUACUUAUGCAAAAGCUAUCCGACGAUUACGGGAAAAAGAGCAAAUUAGAAUUUGCCGUAUACCCGGCACCGCAAGUAUCUACCGCUGUUGUGGAACCAUACAAUGCAGUUCUCACUACUCACACUACGAUCGGUCAUUCAGAUUGCGCGUUUAUGGUGGACAACGAGGCGAUUUAUGAUAUUUGUAGACGGAAACUCGGUAUCGAACGACCUUCGUAUGCGAAUCUGAAUCGUCUUAUCAGCCAAGUGGUGUCGUCGAUAACCGCCUCCCUGAGAUUCGAUGGUGCGCUGAAUGUAGACCUAACGGAAUUUCAAACGAACUUAGUGCCGUAUCCUAGGAUUCACUUUCCACUAGCGACGUAUGCCCCAGUGGUGUCAUCUGAUAAAGCCUUUCACGAGGGGAUGUCCGUAGCGGAGAUAACGUCCGAAUGUUUCGAGGCGUCCAAUCAAAUGGUCAAGUGCGAUCCUCGCGAAGGAAAAUACAUGGCGUGCUGCCUGCUUUAUCGCGGGGAAGUGGUGCCAAAGGAUGUGAACGCCGCGAUUGCGGCGAUGAAGAGGAAAAGUUGUAUACGCUUUGUCGAUUGGUGUCCGACCGGUUUUAAAGUCGGCAUCAAUUAUCAGCCACCUACCGUUGUGCCUGGUGGAGACCUUGCCAAGGUACAAAGGGCGGUCUCAAUGUUGUCGAAUACAACAGCUAUCGAGGAGGCCUGGUCUAAAUUAAAUUAUAAGUUCGAUCUUAUGUAUCAUAAGCGAGCAUUCGUUCAUUGGUACGUUGGCGAAGGUAUGGAAGAAGGAGAGUUUGCAGAGGCGCGUGAUGAUCUCGCCGCAUUGGAGAGAGAUUACGAGGAAGUCGCACUUGAGUCGUCAACCACACCAGAUGCUUCGUUGGAAUAUUAA